AUGUGUUGCAAGGGUGGAAAGGUGACAAUUACACAGGUGUCUGCUCCUGACGAGUUGUUACAGUUAUUUUCAGACACUUCUACUGAAGGACGACAUUUUAGACAGCAUAUUAGAAGUUACAACCAUGUAAUGUCGUUUACUUCACUUGGUGUCCACGUCGACGAAAGUUUGGUUACAACUGGUCGUGGUAUUUACACAUUUCGUGCUCAAGGCACAAUUUAUCACAAAAUUGGAGGUUUUCAUCCGAAUCAAGGUUCAAGGCCACGCUACUUGCAGCUAUACAUUUAUGAUACUGAUCAUGAGCUUCAAACUAGGAUGAGGGAAAACCCAAUACUUAACCAAGCCAUAGUGUAUAAAUUGAAAAAAAUACUCCAUCAAUGCAACCCGUUUGUCAUCAUGUUUAGGCAGCUUGCACUAGAGCCAAAUGUUGAAGAAUGUAGGUUACUCAUUAAAGAACGUCCAUCAAAUCAGCCACAAUAUAGUCUCCCUUCAGCUUCUCAAGUUGCAGCAGUUAUUAUUGGUGGUGGUGAUGAAGAUACAAUAGAACGUGGAAGAGAUAUAAAUGUCAUCAGCUGUGAUGGAAAUCUAACAAAGGUUCAAGAAACAAUUGGGUAUUAUGAUCCUUUACAAUAUCCUAUAUUGUUUCCGUUCGGAACAUACGGUUGGGACAUAGAAACAAAAAAUAAUGUUGGAAAAAAUGUUACAUGCCGAGAGUACUACAGUUAUGUGCUUCAGAUUCGACAUAAUGAUCAAUUUGUAUUGUUAAAAUUGGGUCGACUUUUACAACAGUAUGUUGUAGACAAUUAUGUAAAGAUUGAAACAGGAAGGUUGAGAUGGAUUCGAAGAAAUCAAAAUAAUAUUCGGUCUGAGGUAUAUCAGGGGUUACAAGAUGCAUUGCACGAUGGGGAGAAUAACGCAGAUAAUGUUGGACAAAGGACAAUAUUACCAUCAUCAUUUAUUGGAAGUAAGCGAGACAUGACACAAAGAUAUCAAGAUGGUAUGGCUAUUGUUCUUAAUGAUGGUAAACCAGAUAUAUUCCUUACAAUGACAUGCAAUCCUUCCUGGAUUGAGAUAACUUCCGAAUUAGGAAUCCAUCAAACUCCACAAGAUCGACCUGAUUUGCUAACAAGAAUUUUUCGAUCAAAAUUUGAGCAGUUGAAGGAUGAUGUCAUUAAUAAAAGAGUCUUAGGGAGAGUUAGAAGUUAUAUGUAUGUAACGGAACUUCAGAAACGUGGACUACCACAUGUGCAUAUGCUACUCAUCUUGGAUACUGAUGACAAGUUACGGGAACCUGAAGAGUAUGAUAGAGUGGUGAAAGCAGAAAUACCACAACAUGAGUCUGAGCCAGAAUUGUAUGAAACGGUGUUAAAACACAUGAUCCAUGGUCCAUGUGGAGUAUUGAAUCAAAAAUCUCCAUGUAUGAAGAAUGGUCAUUGUAAAAAAAGAUACCCAAAAGAAUUUUGUGAAGAAACGCGUCAGGGAAAUGACUCAUACCCGGAAUACAGAAAAAGGUUUAGUGAUCCCAUUUUCCUAAACAGAAAUAAGUCUAUUGAUAAUAGAUGGGUGGUUCCUUAUAACCCAUGGUUGUUGUUGAAGUAUGAUUGUCACAUCAAUGUCGAGAUUUGCAGCAGUAUCAAAAGCAUUAAAUAUUUGUAUAAAUAUGUUUACAAAGGUCCUGAUCGAGUUGCAAUGGAAGUUCAUAGAGGUACAGGUUUGGAUUUGUGCUCCAGAGGAUUUGUGCAAGAUGGAUUUGUGCUCCAGAGGCAUUGUGGAAAAUAUUUAAUCAAGACUUUGCGCAGUUCCUUUAGCAGGUUCAUUACCAUCUCCAAUCCUCAUUAG